CGCGCAGGUGCGCGGAGGGCGCCCCCCGCCCGCAGGCCUCCCGGGCCCCUACCCCGUCUGCUGCCGCGGCUCCCGUCCGCUGGGCGGGGGCCCGGGGCGAGGGGCGCGCCCGGGGCCCCGGCCCCGGGUGGGGGCAGGGGGAGGCGGAGGAGGGCCGCGCGGCUCCCGCGCCCACGGCUGCGCGGCCGGCCCGGCGGUCCCCCCGCCGCACGCCCCGGGGCGACUUCCGCCCGCGCAGCUUCCCCUCCGGGGUUUCGGGAAGUCCCCUCCCUUCCCCUCCCGAGCGCCCCAUGCCUCCGGCCCUGUGCUGCAACCACGCACCGAGCUGCUCCCCAGCUUUGCGCCCCCGGGCUCUGGGGACCCCCGGGGCCCCCGCUCUGGGGUUGGGCCAUGGCGGCAGGCCAUUAUAGAACGGACUGUGGUCCCCGCUGUCGGGAGUGAGGACGGGUGGGGCCUUUAAAGGGGAUACAGGAGCGGUAUGAGGUCAGAGCCGAGAUGCAGUGAGUGAGGGGGGGGCCAUGGCGGAGGAGCGGCCCCCCCGGCUGGUGGAUUACUUCGUGAUAGCUGGGCUUGCAGGGAACGGAGCCCCCAUCCCUGAGGAGACAUGGGUUCCCGAACCCAGUGGGCCCCUGCGCCCUCCCCGGCCAGCCGAGCCCAUCACAGACGUGGCAGUCAUUGCUAGGGCGCUGGGCGAGGAGGUGCCCCAGGGCUACACCUGCAUCCAGUCCUCCGCGGGGGGCCACCCCUUGGAACUCAGUGCUGGGCUCCUGGGUGGAACUCAGCCCGUCAUCUGCUACCGCAGGGGCCGCGACAAGCCCCCCCUCGUUGAGCUGGGGGUCCUGUAUGAGGGGAAGGAACGACCCAAGCCUGGCUUCCAAGUGCUGGACACGACGCCAUACAGCCACUCGGCCAACCUGGCCCCUCCUGGCCCUGGGCACCCCCGCACCUACCUCACUUGCCGGCGGGCAGCAGAGGGGGCAGGGCUGCAUGCCCUGGGCAUCACUGACCUCUGCCUGGUGCUGCCCAGCAAGGGCGAGGGCACUCCUCAUACUUACUGCCGACUGCCCCGCAACCUCAACCCCGGCAUGUGGGGCCCAGCAGUAUUCCUGUGCUACAAGGUGGGCCUGGCGAAGGCCAACACGCUGGUAUACGAGGCAGAGCUGCUGGGCCGCUACCCAGAGGAGGACAACGAGGCGUUCCCACUGCCCGAGUCCGUGCCUGUCUUCUGCCUGCCCAUGGGAGCCACUGUGGAGUGCUGGCCCGCCCAGACCAAGUACCCCGUGCCUGUCUUCUCCACCUUUGUGCUCACGGGCGCAGCUGGUGACAAGGUGUACGGUGCCGCCCUGCAGUUCUACGAGGCUUUCCCGAGGGCCCGGCUGUCCGAGCGGCAAGCGCGGGCCCUGGGCCUCCUGAGCGCUGUGGAGCGGGGCCGGGCGCUGGGGGGCCGGGCCGUGCGCAGCCGCCGAGCCAUCGCUGUGCUGUCGCGCUGGCCUGCCUUCCCCGCCUUCCGCGCCUUCCUCACCUUCCUGUACCGCUACUCCGUCUCGGGCCCCCACCGCCUGCCCUUGGAAGCGCACAUCUCCCACUUCAUUCACAACGUCCCCUUCCCUUCCCCACAGAGACCCCGCAUCCUGGUGCAGAUGUCUCCGUAUGACAACCUGCUCCUCUGCCAGCCCGUGUCCUCACCCCUGCCGCUCAGCGGUGCCAGCUUCCUGCAGCUCCUGCAGAGCCUGGGCCCCGAGCUGGCCAUCACGCUGCUGCUGGCUGUGCUCACCGAGCACAAGCUCCUGGUCCAUUCGCUGCGGCCAGACCUGCUCACCAGCGUCUGUGAGGCGCUCGUCUCAAUGAUCUUCCCGCUGCAUUGGCAGUGUCCCUACAUCCCGCUCUGCCCACUGGUGCUGGCAGACGUGUUGAGCGCCCCCGUGCCCUUCAUCGUGGGGAUCCACUCCAGCUACUUCGAUCUGCACGACCCACCUGCUGAUGUCAUCUGCGUCGAUCUUGACACCAACACGCUCUUCCAGACCGAGGAAAAGAAGCCCCUCUCCCCUCGGACCCUGCCCCGCAGACCCUACAAGGUUCUGCUGGCUACGCUGACAAACUUGUAUCAGCAGCUGGAUCAGACAUACACCGGGCCCGAGGAGGAGGCGUCCUUGGAGUUCCUGCUGACGGACUACGAGGCCGUGUGCGGCCGCCGGGCGCGGCUGGAGCGCGAAGUCCAGGGAGCCUUUCUCCGCUUCAUGGCCUGUCUGCUCAAGGGCUACCGGGACUUCCUGCGCCCGCUCACCCAGGCCCCCUCGGAGGGGGCUCGAGAUGUCGACAACCUCUUCUUCCUGCAGGGCUUCCUCAAAUCCCGGGAGCGCUCCAGCCACAAGCUAUACUGCCAGGUCCUGCGCACACAGAUGUUCUCGCAGUUCAUCGAGGAGUGCUCCUUCGGCUCUGCGCGGCAUGCCGCCCUUGAGUUCUUCGACUCUUGUGUCGACAAGGUGCACCCGGAGCAGGAGAAGCCUGAGCCCACACCCUUGGUGGAGCUGGAGGACCUGUCGGGGAGUGAGCUCACCGUCUUCAUCACACCCCCCGAGGAGCCUCCAGUGCCAGAGGGCAGUGAAUCCGCCCCCCAGUACUGCUACGAUGGGUUCCCAGAGCUGCGGGCUGAGCUGUUUGAGUCCCCACGGGAGCAGCCCGGGGCGCUGCCUGUGCCAGGCCCAUCCCGGAGCGCCCCCAGCAGCCCUGCCCCUCGCCGUACCAAACAGGAGAUGAAGGUUGCACAGCGGAUGGCGCAGAAGUCCGCAGCCGUGCCUGAGCUGUGGGCCCGGUGCCUGCUGGGGCACUGUUACGGGCUGUGGUUCCUGUGCCUGCCCGCCUACGUGCGCUCGGCGCCGUCCCGGGUGCAGGCGCUGCACACAGCCUACCACGUGCUGCGCCAGAUGGAGAGCCGCAAGGUGGUGCUGCCCGAUGAGGUAUGUUACCGGGUACUGAUGCAACUAUGCUCCCAUUAUGGGCAGCCUGUGCUGUCCGUGCGGGUCAUGCUGGAGAUGAGGCGGGCGGGCGUCGUGCCCAACACCAUCACUUACGGCUAUUACAACAAGGCCGUGCUGGAAAGCAAGUGGCUGUCCGGUACACCGGGUGGGCGCCUGCGCUGGGCCAAGCUCCGGAACGUUGUCCUGGGGGCUGCUCAGUUCCGCCAGCCCUUGAGGGAACGGCGGCGGCGGCGGCAGCAGGCGGCAGUGCAAGAGGCGGGCAGCGGCCAGACAGAGCCCUGUCUGGAGCGUCGCUCCCCUACGCGCCCACUUCAGCGCCAGACUACCUGGGCCGGUCGAAGCUUCCGGGACCCAGCUUCACCCACGGGGCGCCUGGUGAAAAGCGGCAGUCUGGGCAGUGCCCGCGGGGCACAACCCACCGUGGAGACUGGCGUGGCCCACAUGAUAGAAGCCUUAGGGGUGCUGGAGCCCCGGGACUCACCUCUACCCUGGCGCGACGGGAGCCUCUCAGACCUGAGCCUGACCGGCGAGGAGCCGGCCCCCGGAGGCAGCCCAGAGGAUUCGGGCUCAGCCCUGAGUGCCCAGUCCACUGAGACCCUGGAAGGGCCAAGUGGGCGGGCACCCAAGGCGGGCGGGCGCCAGGAGGAGGCCAGCACCCCCAGACGAGGGCUGGGUGCCCGCCUGCAACAACUGCUCACUCCUUCCCGCCGCCCUCCUGCCUCCCGCGUUGCCCCACCUGAGCUGCCCCCUGACCUGCCUCCCCCUGCUCGCCGUAGCCCAAUGGACAGCCUCCUGCGCCCCCGGGAGCGGCCUGGAUCCACUGCCUCUGAGAGCUCAGCCUCUCUGGGCAGUGAGUGGGACCUCUCCGAGUCUUCCGUCAGCAGCCUGAGCCUGCGCCGCUCCUCAGAGCGCCUCAGUGACACCCCCGGGUCCUCGCAGCCGCCUUCCCUGGAAAUCCUGCUCUCCAGCUGCUCCUUAUGCCAUGCCUGUGACUCGCUGGUGUACGACGAGGAGAUCAUGGCCGGCUGGGCGCCCGAUGACUCCAACCUCAACACCGUCUGCCCCUUCUGCGCUUGCCCCUUUGUGCCCCUGCUCAGUGUCCAGACCCUUGAUUCCCGACCCAGUGCCCCCAGCCCCCAGCGUGCCCCUGCUGGUGCCAGUAACAGCAAAGAUGCUCCCAUCCCUGGGGGCCCAGGCCCUGUGCUCAGUGACCGCAGGCUCUGCCUUGCCCUGGAUGAGCCCCAGCUCUGCAAUGGGCACAUGGGGGCUGCCUCCCGGCGGGUUGAAGGUGGGGCCUGGGCGUACCUGAGCCCCCUGGUGCUGCGUAAGGAGCUGGAGUCGCUGGUGGAAAACGAGGGCAGUGAGGUGCUGGCAUUGCCUGAGCUGCCUGCUGCCCACCCCAUCAUCUUCUGGAACCUUCUGUGGUAUUUCCAGCGGCUGCGCCUGCCCAGUAUUCUGCCAUGCCUGGUGCUGGCCUCCUGUGAUGGGCCCCCGCCCCCCCAGGCCCCACCUCCUUGGCUGACGCCUGACCCAGCAUCCGUGCAGGUGCGGCUGCUGUGGGACGUCCUGACCCCCGAUCCCAGUAGCUGCCCACCUCUCUACGUGCUCUGGAGGGUCCACAGCCAGAUCCCGCAGCGGGUGGUAUGGCCAGGCCCCAUACCCGCACCCCUCAACCUGGAGCUGCUGGAGGCCGUGUUGCGCCAUGUGGGUCUCAGUGAGGUGCACAAGGCUGUAGGGCUCCUGCUGGAAACUUUAGGGCCGCCUCCCACUGGCCUGCACUUGCAGAGGGGCAUCUAUCGUGAGAUCCUAUUCCUGACGAUGGCUGCUCUAGGCAAGGACCGUGUGGACAUAGUGGCCUUCGACAAGAAAUACAAGUCCGCCUUUAACAAGCUGGCCAGCAGCAUGGGCAAGGAGGAGCUGAGGCAGCGACGGGCACAGAUGCCCACCCCAAAGGCCAUUGAUUGCCGGAAGUGUUUCGGAGCACCUCUGGAAUGCUAGGGACCCUUAAGCUUUCCUCUCCAGCCUGGGGUGGGGAGGUUGAGCGAGAGUGGAUUCUAGAGCUACCCUGCCUUCCUACUCCUUUCACAGAGGAGUUGGGAACAGGCUGGGAAGCAGGCCCAGCCGUAGGCUCCAGAUGUGGGCAGCAAGAGGGACCCACUGCUAACAAAAGUCACAAUCCCCCUACCUCCGACCUGCCCGGUAUGUUCACGCUGAUGUUGUACGAGGCCUGGCAGGAGUUGGCACAGCUCUGUUCCUCCCCAGACUAUACCAGGAACUCUCCUCCAGGGUACCCACAGAUCUGCUCUGCCCUGGUCAUUUUCCAAGUUUUUGUUUUAAAAAACAACUGGAAAGAUACAGAGCUACUGAGCCUUUGCCCUGAAUGGGAGGGAGGGAUAUCAUUCCCCGCCAGGGAUGGUCCUUCUUCCCUGGAACUGCUGAAGCAACCCAAAGCCCUCCAUCAUAUCUUUCUACUUUAGCGUUUGUAUUUUAAGUUAUUUAUUUUCGAGCCACAGCCCCCUUGCUCAUGAGGUUCCUAGGGAUGAUGAGAAAGAGAAGGGAAAUGGGGCACCAUGGUUCAGUGGUUUGUAGCUCCUGGAAAGUCAGGAGGGAGCUGGAGGAGCCCCACGCUCCCCUCAGGAAGAACCGGGGCCCCGUCCAGUCCUAAUCCUUCCCAUUUCCUCCACUACGGGGAAUGCUUCACCCACCCAGGGCCCUGACUGCGCAGUAAGGAUUGUUCCUUGCAAAGUUUUGUUGGAUGUAAAUACAGUAAAAGCUGCUUCUGUCUUUUUC